UGUAAAUACUAUAGUGUCCUCAAUGUCACCUCGAGCACGAUGUAUCUUUCACCCGUUGAGACUAGUGACUGACUGAGCAUAGUAAGCCGCUGCCUCCAUGGUCACGCAGCAAGCUACUGAGGUGCCGGUCUUUACAUCAAAGUCACUCUAUGAGCACCAAGCGCUUGCUGCAUAUGUGGAGAGCGAUGCGCGGCGACGGGGGGCUCUCGCCCGCGUGUUCGCUGGAUGUUUCGCUUCGGCGAGCGCCAACCAGCCAAAUGUCGCCUGGCGGUCAGCUUAUAGAAGCCCAGAUGCCAAGGCGCUAGAGGAUGCAGUGUUGCGAGGCCAAGGAAGCCAGCAUGAGUUGCUAUCGACUAUGGAGCUCGCGCUCAGGGCUUCACAAGCUGGAGCAUUCAUGUGCAAAACGGUCGACGCGCGUCUGGGGCUGCGUGACCGGCGCGGCGACAACCAACUGAAGGUGAUCAGCUGCGUCUUCGUAGAGCAGCCGCAGGCAGCCGGCUCGGCGCCGCGACGGCUCCCCGGGGCUGUCAUUUUUCGUGACGCCGACGCGCCCAGCUUGCCAUGGCUCGGCUUCGGUGCGCCGGUCGAGGACAUCUCCUGCCGUGCCCCCAAGCAGCUGCUGGAUAAGGUGCUGCCGCUGUCGUUCUUCCGGGCCACCGUGGCGGGCGGCCUCACCCCCACCGUCACACCCGAGCUGGCGUUUGAUGGCGCAGCGGUGCUGGUGACGGUGCUGGAGUGGGGCACGCCCGGCCGCAUCCUGUACCAGAACCUGCGGUCCGAGGCCUACUAUGGCUGCCUCAUGGGCCGGCCCGGGCUGAUCGCUCCUGCAAAUGGCGGCGGCGUCGGCGGCGGCUGCAGCGGCAGCGGGCGGGCGGUGCUUCUGGGGGACACGCUGCUGCGCUGCCUGCUAACGCCGGGCGGGCCGGAGGGCGAGGGCGAGGACAUGCUGGAGCAGCUGCUGGACACGGUGGUGGCGGGGCAGGAGUUUGAGGCCAUCAUCCAGGUGCCCAGCUCGCUUGUGGGCUUGGCGGAGCCGCCCAGGAGGAAGCGCAGUCGGCCGCAGGUGGAGCAGCAGCUGCUGCAGCUGCAGCAGCAGCAGCCCGCCUCCACGCCCAUGGCGCGGCAGCAGCUGCGCGGCACGCCGUCUUCGAAGCAGACGACGCUGGGCCGCAGCGUGGCAGCGGCGGCUGCGGCCGCCGCCGCCUUCACAGCCACCAGCAGCGGCGGCACCCGCGCCUCUAACUCCGGGGCGGAGGAGACCGACGGCGUGGGCGCGGCGGACCUGCUCAUCGGGGAGACGGGCGAAGACCUGGAUGACACGGACAGGGCGUUGCUGCAGGCGCUCGCCUUCUCGCCGUCGCCAGCGCCGUCCGCAGGCGCGGCUGUGGGUGGCGGCGCAUGCGGUGGCGGCAUGGGCGGCUGCUCGGUUCACCACCGCACCGCUGCCUGCAAUAUCGUGUCAUUCACGCCCGCGACGGCAGGCACCGCCAGCAUCACCCGGCAGGCCACGGCGCGCAUGGGCUCCUUCCUGCUGCCGCGUGCCGCCGGCUCGGCCGUCUACCCGGCUGCUGCCGCCGGAGGCGGUGGCGGCGGCGGCACAAGCUAUCUCUCGAGUGCGCUCUCGCAGCAGCUGCCGGCGCUGGGGGCAGCCGCGGCGCUGGCGGAUGCCCCGCCCGGCUCUCGCGGCAGGGCGGCCGGCAGCGGCGUCGUCACCAGCCGCGCGCUGCAGAAGAUGAUGAUGGGCGUCAACGUGGCCACCACGCCGCUCAAGGGCCGGCAGCGGCAGCAGCUGCGGCGCGUCGUCAGCACCGACUUCGCCCGCGCCUCCGCCGCCUCCGCCGCGUCCGUGACGGCGCCUACUGCGGCUCCUGCGGCGGCCGCCGGGCCUGCGGCGGCGAGCGCGGCCGUGGCUGCCGCCACAGCCGCCCUGCAGCAGCAGCUUACCUUGCAGGCCAACCACCAUCAUCACCAGCAGAGCUUCCAGCUGCCCCACCCGCAGGCGAGCAUGACUGCAGCAUGCGAGUCUGGAGCUGCCCUGCCGCUGCAGCAGCCGCCGGCAACCAUUCACAUCUCAAUGUUGGAGCAGACGCACCAGCCCCAGCCCCACUACUACGCUUGCCUGCCCGACACGGGCGGCGCCGACGGCUACCCGGCCGCGCCCUCCACUGCAUGCAGCGACAGCCUGCCUGUCCCGAUGCCUCGUAGCGUGUUGGCUGUAGGCCGAGGUGCUGUGGUCCCAGUGGCUGCAGACGCAACCGCGAGCGCGUGUGGCCCUGCAGCCGGCGGCCUGCUCUUAAGGGCCACCACCACCUCGGCGGCGGCAGCGGCAGUGGCGGUGCUGUCCCCCCGCACAGCCGCCUCUCCGGUGCCCGCCUCACCCUUCGUCAGCACCUCCGCCUUCCGCGCCAGCAGCGCCUGCAUCUCGCCCGCCCUGCCUUCCGGCGCUAUGGCCGCCGGCCCGGUGCCCGCGGACGGGCUGCACAGCUCCAUGCCGCUCCAGCUCAGCAGCCUGAGGGCCCACAGCAGCAUGGGGCCCGCGCCUGGCGUAGUCGGCGGCGGCGGACGAGGCGGGAGCAACUGCGGCAGCAACGGCGGCAGCCCCUUCACCACCUCCCGCGCCGGCGCGUGGGGCCUGUCCGGCGCCCCCAGCAGCGGCGGCGGUGCGAACGGUGUCGGCUUGUAUGGUCUGUACGGGCCGUGGGGCACGCCUACUUGUACGUCUCGCAGCCGGGCAAGGGACUGUCGCUACGUGGACGAGCCGGUGCGGCACGCCGGCUUCGCCACAGCACCGGCUGCCCCGCUGGUGUUACCAACAUCGGCAGCCGCCGCCGCAGCGGCCAUGCGGCAGUGCAACGCGGGCUCAACUGGCGGCGGUGGCGGCGGCGGCGAUGGCAGCUCCAACCACGCGACGCCGCUGCUCGCCCAAGAUGAGCGCGGCUACGAGCGCACGUCCACGGGCGGCGCGCGGGGCUUUGGCAGCCGGGCGGGCGUCCACUACUCCAGCCGUGGCGCUAGCUGCAACGGCUACGUGUACGGGUGCGCCGGCGGCAGCAGUAAUGGCGGCGGCGGCCCGCUUGGCUCUGUGGACGGGCUGCGGCGCAGUACGGACAGCGCCGGCGGCAGGGCGGCCGGGGCUGGGGGCCUGACGCGCAGCAACAGCGCUGCGCCCGGCUAUGGCGGCGCCGGGCCGGGCUCGCUGGUGCUGAUGGAGGAACUGAUCCGGCUGGAUGAGUGCAGCGAGCACGGGGAGGCGGAGGACGCGCCCAGCGGCCGCAGCGGCGGCGGCGGCGGAGGAGGACGCGCCCCAGCGGUGGACGACACCGCGGCGGCUGGCUUCACCGCGGUGGAUCCAGUGGACCCAGAGGACCCCGGCUUGCUGGCAAUCGCCGCUGAUGAUGAGGUGGCGUGCAUGGAUUUUUUGGCUGCGACAGUCCGGGACCUGGGCGAGGUGACGGCGACGGCGCACCACCAGCAGCAGGUGCCGACCUCGGCGGCGGUGAGCGGUGCGACACAGCAGCAGGCCCCGAGCUGCGCCCGCCGGCUCCCGUUCGACCCCAACCCGCAGCGCAGGAGCCUCGAGCUGCAACAGCAGCAGCAACAGCUGCAGCAACAACAACAGCACCAACGGCAACAACAGCAGCAGUCGCAGGAUCAGGCUUCCGGAACUCACCCCCGGCCUCCGACGGCCCUCAUGUGGACGCCACCGCCUCGCCUGCACCACUCCACUGACUUUCAGGCCACAACAGAAAGUAUGGAGCUACCGGAAGCCAUCAGCAACGGCGGCGGCGGCGCCGUCGACGCCCUGCCCGCCAGCAUGCGCGGCCGCUCCAUCGCCUCGCCCUACCACUGCUCUGUGCAAGGGUCGCUGCAUAGCAGCCCCGCGCAUAAGGCCGGCGGCGGCCUAAGUGGCGGCGGCGCCUUUGCCAGCAACGGAGGCGACCGGCCGAGCAACUCGGGUCGCCUGCGCCCCUCCGACACCGGCAUUCGGCGCGGCGGCUCCCGCAGCGGCCUCGGCACGACCACCAGCGGCGUCUUCUACGGGAUCGCGCUGGGUGCAGGCAGCACUCACGCCACCACGCCGCCGCCGCCCACGCCGCACCGGCGGCUCACGACGCGCGACCGGCUGCAGUUGUUGUUCGGUGGCAGCAUGCGGCAGCGCGCAGCCACCACGUCUGAUAGUCUGGAGCUGGCGCCGGCGCCGGUCUCCAUGGGCCCGGCACGCCGGUCGGUUGACGUGGUGGGCCGCGCGCCGCGCCGGUCCAUGCCCUCGCCCAUGCCGGGCACCUCGCGCUUUCCCACGACACUGCAGGUGGCGGCGGGUGCGCCCGUGAUUGUGCCCCAGUCGCCCAGGACGCGCAUGUCACCUCGAGAUGCCAUCGGUGCCACCGCCGCCGUGGCCGCUGGGUGCGAAGCGCCGGCGGCGGCGGCCGCCGCCGCAGCGGCUGCGGCGGCGGUGCGCGGCGGCCUCGGCGGCGGCUUCUCGGCGCCCGUCAUCAAGAUGCAGCAGCCGGCCAGCUGGCAGCAGCAGCAGCAGCGAGUGCUGCAACAGUACCACGCCGCCGCCGCCGCCGCCGCCGCCGCCGCGAGUGGCGGCCUCAAGGCCAACGCCCUCUCUGAGGAUUGUCCGGCCGUGGCCGGCGCCGCACGGCCGCAUCCGGCGUCCGCUGACGCCGCGGCCGGCACCAUCACCAACACUGCCAACGGCAGCGGCGCGCUGCCAAGCAGCGUGCUUCUGAGGGCCGCGGCGGCGCUAGCUGCCACCGAGGGACGCAGUGGCGGCGUCAGCGCUCUGACCGCCACCACCGCCUUCAGCCGCGUGUCGCUGGUGGCGCCGGCGGAGAGCAGCGUCGGUGGCGGCGGCGCGGUUGCCACCAUGAUGACCACCACGAUGACGCAGCCUCGCACCAUGGACGGGCUGCUGCCCGCAGCCGCACCGCUGGGGGCCACGGAUGAAUCUAUGGUGUUCGGCCCGAGGCACGUGAUGCGCAUGCCGGAGCUGCAGACCGCGGAGGUGACGACGGCGGCGGCGGCGGCAUCCGGCGGCGGCGGCGGGCGGCGCUGGCACAAGGUCACGGCGUGCCUGUGCGCAUGCUCGCAGACGCAGAAGGCGCAGGCGCACAGGCAGGGUGGCGACGGCGGUGAUGCUCCGCGCGAGCGACUCAUGAUCACGUUGACGCAGAUCGACGUGACGGAGCAGGUGGAGGCGCAGGCGCGGCUGGCCAAGAUGCUGGAGCAGGAGCACAAGGUGCUCGAAGGCAUUUACCCGCGCCACGUGAUCGAGUACCUCACCCUAGAGGGCCGCGAGUCUGUGGGCGACGGCGGCGCAGGCACAGGCGCAGGCGGCCGAAGUGGCAACGGCGGAGACCAGUGCUUGCUGUCGCUGCUGCCGGGCAAUGUGGCGCGCAUGGCCUCACUGGCCACCUGGCACAGCGGGGUGACGGUGCUUUUUGCCGACAUCGUGGGCUUCACCACCAUGUGCACCGCCUGCACGCCGCUCGCCGUCAUGGCAUUCCUCAACCAGCUCUACAGCCGCCUGGAUGCCAUGAUUGACAUCUACAAGGUCUACAAGGUGGAGACCAUCGGCGACUGCUACAUGGUGGCGGGCGGGCUGGUGGCGCACGAUGAUGACGGCUACAAGUCCGUCAUCUCUGGCGGCGAGGACCCGCUGCAUGCGGUGCGCGUCAUGGAGUUUGCGAAGGCCAUGCUGCGCGUGUCUCGCGAGCUCCGGAUGCCCCACACCAACGAGCCGGUGCAGAUGCGCAUCGGCAUGCACAGCGGCCCCGUCACCAGCGGCGUGGUGGGCGAGCGCAUGCCGCGCUUCUGCCUGUUUGGCGACACCGUCAACACCGCCAGCCGCAUGGAGUCCACGUGCCGCCCCGGCUCCAUCCACGUGAGCGCCGAGACGCGCGCGCGCCUGCCCAGCGAGCCCUGGCACGACCGCGGCAUGAAGGAGGUCAAGGGAAAGGGUGCCAUGCAAACGUACGAGUGGGCCGGAGACGCGGACGAGGUCGACGGCGAUCAACUGCAGCGCGUAAUGGGCGUAUACCUUUAAACUAGCUAGGGCGGGCUAUUCAUGUACGUGUUGCUUGCUAUGUAUGCCCUUCAUUCUGCCAAGGACUGAGGAACGCGCGACUGUCUCAGCGCAACAACCACUAACGCGUGACCUGAGAUGCUGCGCAAUGAAGCACAGCAUGCUUGACAACGCACGGGCGUAUUCAUGGGGUUCCAAAACAUGGGCGGGAACCUUUUUGUUAGGUAGUUGGUAGUUGGCUGGUCGCCUGCCGCAUGUGGUACGGCGCCAGCUGUCAACCCGGGUGUGAAGCAGUUGGCUGUGCGUCAGUCGUUGCUCAUGGCACGCUGCUGUGCAAACGUGUGCAGCGGACUGCUGGUGGGUACAGCAAGGGUAAAGCAAUGUUGAAUUCUAUGGGCAAGGUUAUAACUUUUGUGGUGUGCGCCCGAUAUGAGUAGUGGCCUGAAGACUGAACAUGACAACUCGACCGUGUGAGUACGGCAAACUGACUGCAUGCAGGGCUCUGCGCAUCAUAACCGAAGCUUUCUGGGAUAACCCUCCUGAGGGUCUUGCAAAUGCAUAAGCUGGCGUGCUUGUUGGACUUGCGAGCUCGCUUGUGCAUAUCUGAAAGAGCUGGAGGAUGAUGGGCUUAAAAAUCCUCAUCGGGAUAGAGCCAUGGCGUGUCGAUUGCGACGCCAUUCUUGGAUUGGUGCAUGUUUUUGCAUGCUUGCAUGCAUGUUUGACACACCGUGUGCAUGCAGUGAUUUGUGGUUGAGCAACAACAAAUGGUUGUGGCCUUGUUUACGGAAGCGAUGUGGCUUUUUAACCGGCCACGGAUACCAUCAUAUCGCCUCUCGGCGCCUACACUGCGACAUAGCCCGGCUGUAGACUGGCUGCUUUUCAAAAUUUCAAUCAUGCUGACGGGCAUUUCCAUGGUGGUGCUUGGUCAUUACAUUACAUGCGUGAUCUAUGCGGUGCAUCAACCCGACGUGCAGAGGCCCCUCCUCAACACCAUGCUUGCGUCCUUGUGGGAACGACGGACACUCAACCGCCCCAGCCUACGGCUGUGCGUGGUUGCUUUGUUGUCGCGUUCUCAGAACCGGUUGUAGUUGCAGCAGGUGUGGUGAGGGCGUAAUAAAGCAGAAUGACCUUUUCGGGGAUUUUGGUGUGAGUUUACACCCGUGCAUGGGGCAUGCAUAUGCGCGGGGCUUGCAUGCAUACCGUGCUCGACAAGGUGCCGGGCACAAGGGGGCACUACCGGGCCCAGGUGGGGAUGCCGCACGAACAAUAAACAGGGAGGACACGUUGGCGCCCAUCAUGCAUGCAGUCGUGUUCGCGCGUUGGCCUUGCCGAGCACUUGUUGUGUGUGCGGACGAAGGAAGAUUCACGGUCAAAGGCAGGCUGGUAAGUGCAGAAUCCCAUUGGCCAGGGGCCCGUUGCAGGUGCGCCUUGAGCAAACACGUUCCAUUUUCUUUGGUCCGGCGCCCUGAGUGCGGUGUCUGCGUAAGCUCGAAGUGCGUUCGUGCCAGUGUGCGGCAAGCUGCAGUUUCACCACCCUAGUGGCGCUUGUUGAGAUGACGUAAGUUGUGAGGUCUCGGACAAAUGCGCUCUGCCUCGGGCCGAGGCGGCGUGGUGUGAGGCUGAUGUGCCGCGGGCGGGCGGCGCGGGGCCGGGGAGGACCGUGAACGGGUGCUGCGUUGGGGUAGCGACAGUGCACGUUGCUGGUGCAGGUGUGGGGCACGCCGCCCCCAUGGAUGGCUACCCCCCCACCACCACCACCACCAUGCCCGGCCACGUGCCAAACGCUCAGUGGCAGUGCAACGUUAGGGUGGCAGCGUUAGGCGCUGAGAUGCAUGAUGGCGGCUGGCGAGCAGCAGGCAGGACAAACGCACACACCGCCGCGUGAGCAGGCAGCGUGCGAGAGGGGUGAAGAUAGAGGGCGUAGCCUAUGUGUGGGUGUGCGCUCUUCUUAUGUAUUGGAAGCAAUUUCGUUGCCGGUGCCGUGCCGAGGUGCACAGUGGGGUGCUUGCGGGGUUCAGGGGCGACGGCACAGCUUGCCAGGGGCCCUGCAGUUCCAAGUGUGGGGCCAGACCAAGUGCGGGGGCAGACCAUGGGAGCAGGAGUGGCUAAAUCUGCUGGCUGCUGAAACUGGAGCCCGUGUGUUGCGCUUCAUGUUAUGACUGCGCCGUGUGACGCGGCGGCUGGUACACGCCUCCUGUGUGUGUUGGUGGGGGUCGAAUCUAAUCCCGGUGGUUACACGGUUUGAGAGGCUUCGGUCUCUCAUUGUGGUUGUGAGCAAGUGCUUGGGGAUAAGAACUUUGCGAUGUGCUAGGGAGAGACCCGGGACAGCUCGUGCGUGAUGUGUGGAGAAUGAGCAGAGUAGGCUCGAAGAGUCAAGGGGCGACCCUGAUGAGCGAUGGGACGUGCAGAGCGAGCAUUUUCCCUCAAAUUCUUGUAAAAGAUUCAGCGGAUAUGUAAGCUUAGCGUGGA